AUGACUGCCAAGGGCACAAUCCGUUUCGAGGACCUUGGAGAGCCUGUGCAGCGGCUUUUGAAGUCGCUGCGGGCCGGAUACACGGACGAGGAUAUGGCGUUGCUCAAAUACGUCUCUGUGAGGGAUAUGGCAAGAAUUUACGGGGAGAUGUCGUCCGAUCGUCACGUCGAGGAAAUCUGGAAAGAGCUCCGCGCUGCCCUAAAGGCCCGGCAGGAGGAGGCGGCGCGUCGUGAGUUGGAGCUGCACAGAAGAGAACAGCAACUUGUAGCUGAGCGAGAGGCGGAUGAACGUGCGCGGCGCCAGCAGGAGGAACUUGAAGAGGCGGAACGGCAAGCGGCAGAGGCGCGGCGUGAGCGACGCGAGGCACGUCGCAAGUGUCGAGAGGAGUCAGCAGAGGAGGAGGCCGCCGCCGCAGCAGCAGCAGCAGCAGCAGCAGCAGCAGCAGAGGAGGCCGCGAUGCUGGCGGCGGAGGAGGAAGAGCGCCAGCGUAAGGCAGAGAAGAGGCGGAAGCGGCGAGAGGCACGUGAACGUGAACUGCAGGAGCAGCAGGAUGCCUUAGAGGCGGAACGGCAAAAGCAUACUGCCGAAAACUCGUCCUCACAAAGAAAGGUCUGGGAGGAAUAUGUUGCCCGCCAUCCGCUAGAAUUUGGCGCUUGCAAUCAAAACAUUGAACAGAAACCCGUCGAGCACACGUUAAAGGCUCCACCUGCGGCUACGAAAGACCUUCUUAACCGAACGUAUACGCCCAAGUGCCCCAGAUGUGGCACAAAGUUUGUGGUUCCUCCAAAGGAGUGGGAUUGCCCACUGUGUCUGCGUCAGACGCGUCUAAAUAUCAAGGUGUGGCAGCCGGACAACUCUUCUAAUAAAUGCACAAUUUGUAACGCCUCUAUUGGUCGCUUCUCUCGCCACCAUUGUAGAAGCUGCGGCCGGCUAGUAUGUGAGUUUUGUAGUAUGGCAAAAGCUACGAUUCCAGCUUUGGGGUUUACUGUCGCGACAAAAAUAUGUGACGACUGUGCGCAGCUUGGUCGUCGUCCUAUAACAAACUGCUAA